AGAAAAAGUGAAAAAUCCCUGGAAUGAAGAGGCCAAGAGGCCUGUGGCCUCCUCCUUCCGCGCCGCACCUGUUGAGGUUGGGAGGCAGAAAGUACACCGGCGGGGCACUGGCCCCACCCUCACCUGAGCUCCGUCAUUGCCCCCAUGGGCCCUGGGGGACUGGUGGGGGGCGGGGUUGGUUGCCAAGGCCUCAGGUGGUAUGGACCCGGAAGCAGGAAAUAGUCUGUAUUCCCAGGACCUAGUACCUGCUUGGCUGGGAGAUUUCCAAGGCAGGUGGGGGCCCAGGGGUGGGGCUGCUGGGGGGAGUGGGCGGGGAGGGGCUUGCUCAGGCCAGGGCCAGGAGAGAAGUGGAAGAGAGGCUGGGGUAGGGGCUGGGGCCAAGAGGGGUGGUGUGGGAGGGCAGGGCCAGGGCUGGACUGCAGGGGGGCAGGGAUGCGGCAGCCCCAGAGGAGCCCAGGGUUCUGAGGUGGCCCUCUGGGGGGCUGGAGCAGGUGGUACCCAGGACCAUCCAGCUGAGAUGGCCUUGUUAACGGAGGAUGUGGAGCAGGAGCUGAGCGCCACAGCCCAGCAAGUGCUGGGGAAACUGUGGAGCCACCAGUUGUUCCAGUCCGAGUGGGACACCGGUGCCUUCAUCAUCAUCCUCGUCUUCCUCGGUGAGUGUGGCUUGGCUUCUGGCCCCGGCAGCCUCCCAGGCCGAGGGCCGUAACUGGAUGCCCAUCCUGCCCGCAGGCGCUGUGGCGCUCCUGCUGCUGGUCGUCUGCAUCCAUUGCUGCUGCUGUGGCUGCUGCCAAAGCCGCUCCUCCAGGUCCCGGAAGGUGAGCCCCGAGCACCAGGGCCAGGCUGAGAAGGUGGCGGUGGGGCGGGCCGGGGGCCGAGGAGUGAAGCCACCAGCCCCUCUCUGCCUCUUUUGCAGAAACACGCCGGGGGAUUUGAUAACCUUGCCCUGGAGCCUUAAUGCGGAGAGUCCUUGCUCCCCUGCCUUUGUCCUGCUGGGCAGCAAUAACAAUGCCUUGUUCAGCCAAAGCCUGAGUCUGAAGUGUAUUCCGAGCCUCCCGUCAGGUUGGGCAGUGUAGGCCCCCACUGCUUCAUCCAGAUGCCCCGUGUCCCUCACAGCCUUCAGAUGGCAUGACUGUCACCAGAAGACCUCGGGUGACGUGCUGCAGCCACCCAGCCGCUGCCCAUUCACCAUCCCAUUUGGCCCCUCGGAGGCCAGGGGUUCAGUCACUGGGUACUCGGCCCAGCUCCUGACUAUCAGGGACCCCUGGCCAGGUCCCUACUCAGACAGACAGACAGAAGGGCUCCAGGCAAAGUCGGAUGGUCUUUAUUUCUUGAAGGCCCCGCCAGAGUUGCCGAGCGAACAGUCAAGGGCACUACAGCUCAUGGUGGGCAGCUUCUGUCCUCCUUCCCUCCCAACUCAGAGCUUAGGACCACCACCCACUCCUCAGGCUCCAGUGGGAGGGGGUGUGUGGCCGUCCCUUGCCAUCCAGGAGGAGCUCGAAGGCUGCGAAGAGGGGAGGAAGGAGAGCCCUGGGCCUGGCCCCAGCCUGAGUCCAAAGGUUCCUGCCUUGAGGGGAGGGCAGGGCUUGGACUAUAGGCUACCUCGAAGCUCCGCCUUCCUGACCUCCCCCAUUCAAAACAAAAUGCAUGCCAGUGUCCCUUCCUCCCUGUGGGUCCAGUGUUCAGU